AUGAGGGCGAUUCAGCACGUCAAUGCAGCAAAGGUGAUGAGUCGCGGCUGGGUAUGCGUCGGCAGGUUGAGGAAGGGGUGGUGCGACGGCUCCGCGCUGCUGUACCACGGUCGCGCCGAUGUGCUGCGCUCGCGGCGACCCCGAUCGCUGCACGUCUGCCUCUCCGUCGCCGCGGACGCAAAGGCGGACAAGGCCAAGCAGCCGAAGGCCAAGGCGGCCAAACCGGCGCAAAACGACAGGCCGGUUGAGGAAGGGGUGACUCCCAGGAGUAAGGACUUUAGCAGAUGGUACCUCGAUGUUGUUGCCAAGGCAGAGCUGGUGGACUAUGGCCCAGUGAGGGGCACCAUGGUCAUCAGGCCAUAUGGAUACGCAAUUUGGGAGGCGUUGCAGCGGUACUUGGACAAGAGGUUCAAGGAGACGGGUCACCAGAAUGCCUAUUUUCCGCAGCUAAUUCCCUACUCAUUCAUCGAAAAAGAGUCAAGUCAUGUUGAGGGAUUCGCUCCUGAGCUUGCACUUGUGACAAAAGGUGGCGGCAAGGAUUUAGAGGAACCCCUGGUUGUGCGACCCACCAGCGAAACAAUGGUGAACCACAUGUUUUCACAGUGGAUCCACAGCUACCGGGACCUGCCGGUCCUGAUAAACCAGUGGGCCAAUGUGCACAGAUGGGAGAUGCGCACGAGGCCCUUCAUUCGCACACUGGAGUUCUUGUGGCAGGAAGGCCACACAGCACACGCAACA